GGCGCAGGGCAGCGGGCGGAGCUGCGCAUCGCGGGGCGGGGCGUUGCCAUGGCAGCGGGUGCGGCGCCGCGGCCUAGGCCCAGCCGCCGACCCUGCAGCCUCACCUGUCCCCUGUUGGCCCCUUCCGACGUCCCAGCUCCCUCAGUGCCCCCGCCGCUGCUGCUUGCCCUCCGCAGGCGCCCCUCACCCCAAAUCUUCCAGCCUUGGGGACGCAGCACCUGUCCCCUCCAUUCCCCUGGCAGCCCUUUGGUGUCACCCACGAUCCGUUCCUAGCACUGCUCGCCUUUGUCCCGCAGAGACUGGCCAUCCAUCUGUCCAUCUGUCUGUCCACCCAGCCUCGUCCUGCAGCAUGGCACACCUCCUGGGUCACCCCGGCUGCAUGGCGAGCCUGCAGGCCGACCUGAGAGACCUGCAGGGAGCCAUCGCCGACGUCUCCUCCCGCACCGGCCCUGCACGCUUCCCCUCCUGGAAGUUCCCCAACAAAGUGUCCUGCGAGCUGGAUCUGGUGGUGUUGCUGGAGAGGUACAGCCACGCCGAGGGCAACCCCGAGUUCAGCCAGCACGCACACGUGGUGCUGUUGGAGCUGGUGAUAGACAGGUGA